AUGUCCAAAGAGGUUGAUGAAGAUGAAGAGGUUAUUCUUCGAGAUGUUGCUCGAGAAGAGCGUUUGAAACGGAUUACUGAGCUAAUGCUUGAGUUGAAGAAAGGUAUGAUGGAGGAUUUCCACAUUGAUUCGCAUACGAGUGUUCCACAGGAGGAAAAAGGGGUUGGAAGGACGAAAAUUAGCCGUCGUACAAGGGAGCAGGCAGAUAAGGUACGAGUAUAUUUAGAGUUUUACUAUACGUUGAUCGAGAAGUACACGAAGCCUCCACCGGGGGAAGAGCAUCGGGACGUUGACAAUGUGUAUAAUCCGUUACAGGUGAUUAGGAAUCGUAAGAUACGGAAGAAGUACGGGGAUAAAACGAGAGAUUUCCAUUUAGCAAGGCCACCAGUGAUAGCGAUUAAGGAUUUUUCGCAUAGGAGUAGUAAGUUUCCGUGGUAUGUGGACAUCAUGGAGAAGUCGAAUGAUAUAGUGUGGAGGACAAACCAUUGGGAUGAGCUAAAACGGCCUGAUGGAUCGCUUUGGUUUGGAAAGAAACUCCAUCGGCAGCAUUCGCAUCCACAUAUGCAUCAACCGCCGCACCAGUUUUCUGGCCAUUGGUCCAAGAAUUCCGUGGUGAGUUCUGGAUCGUCUGGCGAGAAUUCGUAUAACGAGGAUAUAAGCGCGGGCAAUUCACGGUCGUUGCUAUCGAGGUUUUCCAGGGGUGCUACUAGGAGACCAGAACCAUUGGAAGGCUUUACACAGAACAACAACGAUUCGAAGAUUGUUGUACCGAAGAUUAUCUACCAGACACCAACGGAAUACGGCAAUGGGAAGACGGCAAUAAUCGAUGUGCCUAUUGAUCCACUGAAAAAACCUGACGAAGAGCAGGACUCUAAGCCAGAGAGACUAGAGCCAGAGCUAGAACAGAAUCAAGAAGAUGAACAGUAUCAAGAACAGUAUCACGAUCAAGGUGAUCAGCUGGACGAGCAACAGCCUGAUCACCUUGAACUCGAACAGCUACGUCAGCAACUUUCACUGCCGUCUCAAACUCAGUCCUUGCAACCGAAAAAUUCACCCAAGAGAUCAAACGGCUUGUACCCAACGCAUUCAAGCACUUCAUCCACUAAGCAUUCUAAAGCAAAUUCAUUAUCGUUGUCGCACAGCAACCAGCCUUCCUCUUCGGUAGAUCUGCAGUCGUUUAUCGUGGAAGAGAGUAUAAGACGUAAGCUUUACGAGGAUUACCGUUCUAUCAAAUGUUUAGAAUGUUCGUGGGAAGUUUUAAGACGCAAGAGAGUCCUUACGGAAUUGGCUGCUAAAAGGAGAAUGAAUGUCACUGCAAAGAAGCUAAGAGCAAACGUUAGAAGCUUGAAACACGAGAUGAAUCUAACUGAAUCAUUAUUGGGCAGCUACGAAGCUGAACUUUCCACUGAUGGUGUGUUGCUUUCUGAAUUCAAAACUAAGUUCUUAAAAGACUACUCCAAUAGAGUCAACUCGCUCAUUUCGUUCAGUGAUAGAUUUUUAUCGGAUAUCAACACAACGUUAACGCUAAGAUUGAGGAUACUUAAAGAAAAUAUAGACAAAGUUAGUUUGCUCAGUCACCAAAAGCGGGCUUGGAGGAAAGGGCUGUAUAAAGCCUUAGAAGUGUUCAUUGUUUCGUGCUUAUGGUUCGUAUGGCUGGUAUUCUCCAUCCUGCGCAUCGUCCAAAACGGACUCAUCAUAGUAUUUAAAAUCGUAAAAUGGGCAUUAUUUUAA